AUGGUGUUGCGCCUCGGAUUAACUCUGCCCGCUUCCCUCGUUACAGAGGUCGCGCUGCUCGUGUCCCUGCACCGAGGCUCGUCCAUAUACCUGCAAGCUGUUGACUGCGGCAUUGUUGAGGUGUACUUGCCGCGCGAUGUCAAAAUGGACGAUGAACGUGACGUCGAGAUUACUGGAAAAAUCUUGGGCCAAAACGCCAUGGAGAUGUGGUGGUUCAUAGGCUACAAUUAUACCCUCGACAACCGUGCACUAGAUGCCGCCAUAAACAUGAUCCACGACUCUCUGUUCGUUGGACCGUUAUGGGGCAUCCAGUUCGACCCUCCGCAACAUAGCCAACCACUCCGUGUUCCAGCACGCGAUGAUGACAUCGAGGUAGUCCCCCACCCCGAGCCGCAAGUACUGUCAAGCAUGGUGCCGCUUCCGCUUCGCAUCCAGGCACUACGACGCGAGGAGAUCCUCUGA